AUGGGAUCUGGUAGUUCUGUAAAUGCCAACUACAAGUACUCCCUGCAGAAGUCUGAAAACGCUUUCAAGGCAGCCGUCUUGAUCCAACGGUGGUAUCGGCGCUACGUUGCUCGGCUGGAAAUGCGCCGACGUUGCACCUGGAGAAUCUUUCAAUCCAUUGAGUACGCUUGUGAGCAGGAUCAGAUCAAGCUUCACAACUUCUUCAGUUACCUCAUGGACCACUUCACUCCAAGCAGCAGUAAAGAGAGGGAUUUUAUCAGUCGCAUGUUCAUAAGUGGGGAAAGCUUCAAAGAGGCAGAGCUGGAAAAAUACUGUGACUACGAAUCCAUGGAGGUGCCAGACUCCUACACUGGACCCCGUCUCUCUUUCCCACUCCUUCCUGACCAUGCAACUGCCUUGCUGGAAGCUUUCAAACAGAAACAACAGCUCCACGCUCGCUAUGUCUUAAACCUUCUGCAUGAGACCAGGAAGCACCUCAAGCAGCUGCCAAACAUCAGUCACGUCUCCACCUGCUAUAGCGAGGAGGUCACCGUGUGCGGAGACUUGCACGGCCAGCUGGAUGACUUGUUCCUCAUAUUUUAUAAGAACGGCCUUCCUUCCCCUUCCAAGUCCUACGUGUUCAAUGGGGACUUUGUAGACAGAGGCAAACAGUCCCUUGAGAUCCUCAUUGUUCUCUUUACCUUCCUCUUGAUCUAUCCAAAUGAGGUUCAUCUCAACCGUGGGAAUCAUGAGGACCACAUGGUCAACUUACGCUAUGGUUUCGCCAAGGAAGUAAUGCAGAAAUACAAGGUGCAUGGGAAGAAAAUCUUGAAGAUGAUUCAGAAUGUCUUCUGCUGGCUGCCCCUGGCCACCCUGAUUGAUCAGAAAGUCCUUGUUAUACAUGGGGGCAUUUCUGACACCACUGACCUGGACAUGCUUGAGAAAAUUCAGAGGAACAAAGUCAGCUUGGCUGUUGAUGAGACAAAUCUAAAGGAUGGUUUUCCUAGACAAACUGUGUUUAGAGGGAAGAAAAGAAGGGAGUCGAAUAGAAAUGUGGAAAUACAGGAAAUAAAUGGGGAGAGCAAAGUGGAGGCCGACCCAGCAGGGAAUGAAGCAGCCCCCAGUUUGUCUGCACAGCCCCGGCCAGCCCAGGCUCCCAGCAUGGCCAACAGGCUGGAGUUCUCCAGGUGGGUCCGGCAGACGGUGCAGGAGCAAAUUGAGCGGUGCCGCCAGCUGGUGGACAUCAGCGAGUCGGAGGAGGAGGAGCUCACCUAUUCCAGCAUGGUCUCCUUGACGGAUUUGGAUGGGCCGUGCUGGACUCGCCAGGAGGAGUGGAAGCAGAUUUUAGACAUUCUCUGGAGUGACCCCAUGCCUCAGGAGGGAUGCAGAGUAAAUACGGUGCGAGGUGGUGGCUGCUACUUUGGGCCUGAUGUGACAGGGAAGAUCCUUGAGAAGUAUAACUUGCAGUUCCUCAUCCGCUCCCACGAGUGCAAGCAAGAGGGCUACGAGUUCUGUCACAACCGAAAGGUGCUGACCAUAUUUUCAGCCUCAAACUACUAUGAGAUUGGCAGCAACAGGGGAGCCUAUGUGAAGCUGGGACCGGACCUCGUCCCCCAUUUUGUUCAGUACCAAGCAAACAAGACAGCCCAUACUCUCACUAUGACCCAAAGAAUCAGCAGAGUAGAACAGUCAGCCUUUCGAGCCUUGCGGGAAAAGCUCUUUGCUCACACCUCAGCCCUCAUCAGCGCGUUCAAGGCCUAUGAUAAGGACAAUACAGGAAGGAUCACGCUGAGCAACUGGGCAACGGCAGUGGAGUCAGUCUUGCACUUGGGAUUGCCCUGGCGAAUGCUGAGACCGCAGCUGGUGCGCAGCACGGCAGAUGGCAUGCUGGAAUACAAGUCCUGGCUCGACGACUUGGCCAUGGAGCAGCGGAGCCAAGAGCACAUCCAGUCGAGCUUGCUGGAAGUCAUUUAUCGAAACAGAUCCAACUUGGAGACCAUAUUCAGGAUCAUAGACAAAGAUCAUUCAGGUCUCAUCUCAUUUGAGGAAUUCCACCAAACCUGGAAGCUGUUCAGCUCGCACAUGAACAUUGAACUCACGGAUGACGGCAUCAACGACUUAGUUCGCAGCAUUGAUUUCAAUAAGGAUGGAAACAUCGACUUCAACGAGUUCCUAGAAGCCUUCCGCCUUGUCAAACAGUCACAGUAGUGAGAACCUGGGGAGGGUUGCCACAUCCAAUGCCUUGACUGUCUGCGAAGCCAGGGAGACCGCUUCCUACCUAACCGCAGCGCAUGCCUGCAGAUGUGAAGCAGGGGAAGGGAAGGCAGGUAGCUGUAGCAC